UACAUACUUUAUUUUAUUAACUUUGACAAGGACACCAUCGUGCAAGAAAGAAAAGAGUCUUUAACCGAUUCUCUGAGAAGAAACAAUCUCUCCUUUCUCGUUCCUUCCUUCCUUCGUAAAGCUCGAAGCAAGCUGAGAACAUAAUCAACCGCUCGCCUACUUUAGUUUCUUUCUUCACCGAAGCACACAGCACUUGAAAGCUUAGUGUUUUAUCCAUUAUCGGGUUUUUUUGAGUAAUGGGAAUUGAAGGAGAGAUGGGUGUUAGUGGAGGGAUACAAGAUACUCUGAUGAUGAGCGUUGAUGAGAAAGAUGAUCUGAGAGACAAAGAUGAAGUUACUGUCCGUCGAAUGAAGAAUCGGGAGAGACAACGCAGGUAUAGAGCCAGGAAGCGGAUGCGGGAAGAAGCAGGUCUCGAUGAUGAAAAUCUCUCUUUCCAGACUCAACAAAAAGACCAAGAAGAAGAAGAAGAAGAGGAGGACGAGGAGGAGGAGGAGGAGCUAGAGUGUGAUAAUGUUUAUGUUGACAACUUUGUGAGGCGUGUUUAUUGCCAUAGAGAUUGGAAAAAAGAAGCUAGAAUUGCUCAUUUGAUCAUGGACACCACUCGGGAUGGUUCUUGUUUGGUUCAUCGCAAGAUUAGGCCUCGCCCAAGAGACUGGAAAGCUGAAGCUCGAAAGAUGAAAACUUGAUCAAAUCCAUGUAGUUGGUUGGUUCUUGAGGAGUCAGAGUCCGGUUUAUUAGAAGAGAUCUUGCAAGUGCACUUUCUUUAAGAUUUUGGAUUUGACUGAAAAAAAAAAAAAAAAAAGAGAAAUGCACAAAGCAAACAUCCUAUUAUAAGAUUAGAACUGCUUCUGCUAUUUCUUUGUUGUGUGUAUUAGAAUAUCCAGACGUUAUAUUAUUAUGUAUACGAAUGUUUGAUUUCAUUUGUACCA